CAAUCACCAACCCGAGGAUUCAGUCCAAAACUGUCGUCUCAUAUAUCUACCUGCUCUCCCCUAUCUGUAAAGCUUCCUGGUAGUCAUCAUGACUUGUAAUUACGGCUCUGCUAUACCAUUGCGUUGUUUUUCGGAUACUAAGCGAGUAAUGCUUGGGAUCCUCGAAAGAACUGCCGACUCAGGCAAAGUGCGCCAAGCUGACAACGGCCGGGUAUAAUGACGGUUGACAAGGUCCCCCGCAUCUCUUGCAUCCACACCCACCCACUGGAAGUUCUGGACGACAUUUGACUGAAUAAAACCCGAUCUGAAAACCCCAUAGAUAUUUGUCCACGAAUCCUUGGCUCUCUCCUCACAGAGCUCACGAUCUCAAGUACAACUCGGCAAAGGAGAAAGAGAAACAAUCAAGCGGCAAACCCAGUCUAUCCAAGGCCACUAAUAACCAGGGAAAAUGGAACAACUACCGCCGUUGGGUAGAGGCAUUUUCGAAGUCCUCGAAGCCACCUUCGCCAUCUACAAGCCCCUUAUCCUCGCCCAAGAAUCCAAUAUCCGGACCACCCGGCGCUCAACCCACCGCUACGGCGACCACCCUCGCCAGGAGCUCGAUGUCUACCAUCCUUCGACCCCAGCCGCAACUCCUAGCGGCGCCCGGCCGGUGUUGGCUUUCUUUCACGGCGGCGGUUUUGUGGCUGGCGCCAAAGACGGCGCUGGUUAUGCCAAUGGCCUCGUCUUCGCUAAUCUGGGCCACUUCUUCGCCUCACGCUUCGGGUACACUGUUGUCGUGGCCAACUACCGGCUAAUGAGCCAUGGCGCCCGGUAUCCAUCCGGCGGCGAGGAUGUCAAGUUGACGGUCGAGUGGAUCGCCGGGACCCUGGCCAAGGAGGAGGGGUAUGGCAUGAUUGAUCUGUUCGUAAUGGGGAACUCGGCGGGUGCUGUGCAUGUGGCUACCUACACACUGGCAGAAGAAUUUGAGGAGAGCAGGAAGGCCAUCACGGCUCAUUCGCGGGAAAAGGGGGGAAAGGGAACGCUUCUCAGGGGUGUGUUGUUGCUUGGUGCGCCUUGUCACUAUGGUAAUGAGACCAAUGGGACGCUGAGAGACUACUUUGGCCCGGAUAAGAUAUUCGACUACGCCCCGAUGGGUCUGCUACAGGCGGCGAAACAGCGGGGUGGGCCGGAACUGCCGGGUGUCAAGCUGGCGUUGCUGAUAUCUGAGUACGAUCCUGAGGAGCUUGUGGUCAAGACGAACCACGAGUUUGUAAAGGAGUGGCCCGGAUCGAAUAUCGAAGUUCAAGUCUUGAAGGGACAGAACCAUAUCAGCCCACAGCUGAGUCUUGCGACGGGUAUCGAGGAAGAAGAAGCUUGGGGCGUGAUUGUCGCUAGAUUCUGCGAGGCGGCUUUCACAUGAACUUCAUUAUAACACGUUGCAGAGUGAGAGCUCUCCCGUCCCUCCCCCCUUACACUAACCAAAAGAAAAUCAAAUUCUAGACAUGGAUGAUAAAACCCCUUUGCCUCAUAUCAUAUACAAUGAGAGUAGACUAGAGAAUAAAAAUAUUCUGUACAAU